AUGGUUUUAACCAAGGACUUGAACUUGCCAACUGAUGAGGAAUUGACGGUUCCUCAAGAGAUCACGCUCUCCACGCCAUGGUUCAAAGCAGUAGCUCCUUACAUGGCAAAACACUGUGAAGAAAUAAUAAACGAGUUCAUGCUCCGUCGUAAAGAACUGCAAGAUCCUCGUGCAACCCUCAAAGAAGGUAGUGCAGUGACCGCGUGCGGAGUCGAUUUCUUGCGGUCAUUGAAGAAAACUUGCGCACAAGAGACCGAAAAACUUGCCCACUGCAUUGAUCAUGGCAGUGCCAAACUUUACAUAAGCUGUUGCCGCGAUGAACAAAAAGUGCUGGAUGCAUGCAUAGAGGAGAAACUACAUAUCACUCGUCCAAAAUUGGGAUACUUCAGCAAACUACACGUCCACGACAGCAAGCACCCGGCACCAGAACUGAAGGUUCGUGAUUACAAAGCUGAAGCUGCCAAAGUGCUAGCAGAAUUGCCGGAAGAUUACCAUUUGCGAAAGGAUUACAGGAAAUACAAUGACUGGAGAUACAAUAUCACCGAGAGUUAA